GACGAGGGUGUCAACACCGCUGUUGCUCAACAAACGCCAGUGCCUACUGAUCAGUGCAGAACUGCCUCCGAGCCGACCUCGAAACCGACGGAUGACUGUAAGACUGCUUGCUCGCCUUCCUCGAAACCGACAGAGACGCCUAAGGAAGAACAACCGCCGUCUAUGGGGACGCCUCACCAUACCUCCGAAAAGACUACCGACAUUGAUAAAGAUCAGAUUAAAAAAGUGACCCAGUCCGGUGAACAGAAUAUACGAGCCAAAUCUCCUCAGCCAAGCGAUGGGCCUUCGCUGCCGAUGGAUUGGACGACAUUAACCGGUCUGCUGUGGCUUCAGUCCACUGCUGAAGUCGAGUGUCCUAUUAAAGCGCUAUACGAUUCUCCACAUCGCUAUAGAUUCGUUGUCCCUAUGGUCGUACUAGCUGACAUUAAAGGCAAAAUAUACAGGCUCACUACACAUUACACGGUUACGAUAACCAGUUGUUCAACCGGUCAAGGAACGUUCACAGAGUCCAGCCCAAUAGACGUCGAGAAGAAGAAGGGACAUAAACAGUGA